GUUCUCUUAAUCCGAGAGCAUCCAUUUUUUAUGUACGCAGGCUGCUCAGUGACGGAGCGCAGACACGAAACCUGGUCAUUUUUAUUAAAAUAAAAAAAUUGUUAAAAUAAUUAAAUAAAUAAAAACAGGGGGGAAAAAACCGUGCGGGGAAAAAAUACAGCGUACCUGCGUGUGCGCGUGUUUGCGAGAAGAAGCGCGUGCGACCUUAUAAUAAAUAACCCGAGAGAAGGAGAGAGGGGGAAAAAACCGUCGUGUCGUUUACACCACCUUUCUGUCGGAUUUGUGUGUGCCCGCGCCAACAAUAAAAAGAAAUGUCUGCUCCAGCCGCCGCCGGCGCCCCUGCCCCUGAGGGAGGGAAUCAGCCUCCUCCCAACCUGACCAGCAACCGCCGCCUACAGCAGACACAGGCUCAGGUGGACGAGGUGGUGGACAUCAUGCGCGUAAACGUGGAUAAAGUUCUGGAGAGGGACCAGAAGCUCUCAGAGCUGGAUGACCGAGCCGACGCGCUGCAGGCUGGAGCCUCUCAGUUCGAGACCAGUGCCGCUAAACUGAAGAAUAAAUACUGGUGGAAGAAUGCCAAGAUGAUGAUAAUCCUGGGGGUGAUAUGUGUGAUCGUGCUCAUCGUCAUCAUCGUCUAUUUCAGCACCUAAAGGGCGAGUUUCCUACCCCACCCUGUGCCCCAUUCACAACUAUUCAAUCUCUACCCAACAAACGAGUGUAAAUCUGUGCCCUCGAUGACUCUCCCUGUAUGGACCCCGGUCUCUCUGCGUCCCCACGUCCAGCCUCUGAGCGUGUGUGUGUGUGUGUGUGUCCUCUGUAAAUACCUCCCGCUUUUCUGAGAUCUCUGAAAGCAGACGGUAAUCCCGGUAAAUCUCUUGGUGUGUGUACGACUCGUCCUUAUUUGUAGAGUUUUAUUUGUAGAGUUCGUGUGUGGGUGUGCGUUUGUAUUAUUAUUCUUUUAUUUUUUAUCGUUUUCUUUUUUGUAUGACUUCUUUGGCUUGAAAAAACUGCCUAUGAAUCUGUGUGUAUAUACCGCACGACGUGUGUCAGUUCUAUACUAUGCUUGUAGUUUACUUCUUUAACCGAGAUACUCUUCCAGAAUCCACUCUCUCUCUCUCUCUCUCUCUCUCUCUCUCUUUCCGUGCAUCCGUAUUUCUUUCUUUCUGUUCAACAAUAGACUUUUGUAAACUGCCACAGAAAUGAUUUGGACCAAUGGUGAUAGAUUUAUAUUUUUAUUAAGUCUGUAGUGUCUUAUCUCUUAAACAUUCCUUUAUGGCAGGGUAGAAGGCUGCUGUCUGUACCAAGCAAACACAUACAGGAAUCUUUUACAAACAGUCUGUAAUUGGCAAAAACAGCAGACGCUCAUGACCAAUACGAUUAAAGGGGAAUCAGAUUGCACAAGAACCUCGUUUUUGAUGGCGCUUUUAAACCGAAUUAUUACAAUAAUCAAUAAAAAGUCCAGCUGAGCUGCCAGCAAAAUGAAAAGCACACUGCUCACUAGGGUUUUCGUUAGAUUUUAGGAUUGUAUGUAGGAAUACAAGAUAUUUGUCAUCAUUUGCAGGUGGACAAGGGACCAGAUCAUCACCUGGACUGUGUGUGUUGAUUUUAGCUGUCUAGUUUACACACUGCCAAGCACCUGGGGGGAAUUUUUUUUUGUGUUUUUUUUCCGUCCCUUUAUGUCCACACUGCUUGGUUUGCUUUUAUGCAUAGAAUGAUAUAACAAAAUGCUCCACCUACACACACACACACACACACACAAACACACACACACAGACACACACAGACACACACACACCGGACUCCAGUCACGUAGGACCGAUCUGUCAGCAUGAAAUGAGCCCGUGAUGAUGUGUGGAGCCACACGUGAUCAUUUACACACACACACACACACACACACACAGACACACAAUUUCCCCAUCCGUUCUGUUCAUUUAUCCCCUCCCCCACAGCCAUAUGUACAGUUCGCCAUUGGAUUAAGUGACAAGGACUAAGCAGGCGAAAGCUACUGUGGUUUACAGAAAUAAGACUUUGUGUGUAUGUGUGUGUGUGUGUGUUGAGGAGGUGCCAUCUUUCACAUUAUUAAUCAUGAUAUUUCUUAAGGAAGAGUGGCACAAAAAUCCCGGUUGCUGUCAUUCCGCCUGUUAUUGCAGUAGUCAUAUGGUGAUAUAUAGUGAUAUAAAACCCCCUGAAACUGUGCUGCUCAAUCACGCUAGCUUACUAACACCUAGCCUCCACUUUAGCUAAUUCCCGUGUAGCGUGACGUCACUCAGACUGUAUAAAGAUCAGGAACAGUGAAGAGAAUCAUUGUGUUUACUAUAAAUACUCUAAACAUGAGAAGUUGAUUGCUGACUAACUAACUCGCUAGCUUAAUGUGAAUUUUAGAGCUUUAACUCAUUUUUGUGACUCAGAUGACAAAUUAACAUUUGGUUAAAUAAUAUUUUUCUUGUAUUUUUUCUUGCAGUUGGUUAGUUGUAUUUACCUCCAUGCUGGAACUAUGCUAACUAGCUUGCUAGCUGCAGCUCCAUCCUAUGGAGGUCUGCUAUCAUUUCCAGUUGAAAUUUUGUUUUAUUUUACUGUUUCAGUCCAACUGUCUGGAGCAGUUUUUGUUUUAAUCAAUGUUCAGCUAUGAAUCCCAGAGCAGAAUAGAUUUAAACCCACCAAAGACCUUGUUGUCUUGCUAAUGCUGCCAAACUGCCAUCAAAAACGGGUUCAGGGACAAAAAACCUUUUCCUUUAACACCUCACCCUUUUCACCAAUCUGCUGAUCCAUCAGGAUUAGCUGUGGACCUAAUUCAAGAAUCAUACAUGAUGAUGAUGAUGAUGGUGAUGAUGAAGGUGUCUGCUAGUCUUAGCCACUCAACACUGAUAGCACAACUCCGUUAUUUCUCCUUUCUCCCCUCGUGAUGCUGAUUUAUUUGUAGCUGUAAAAAAAAGAGAAAAGAAAAGAAAAGACUCUGUAGUGUUCAGUGUUGUGCUGUGGGGUGGAUCUGGGGGACGGGGGUCCCAUUUCUUCAGGUACAUCCAAAUCCCACAUCUGUAAAUUCGGCUGAUUUGUUUAGCAUGGGGUAGGACUCGUACACGACUGACAAAUCACCUAAAGGUUUAGAAGCGUAAUUAAUUACAAAAAAAAGGAUGUAUGUGUGAUUGACUUGAUUUCUGUUCCCUUUGUGAAGGUGUGUGUGUGUGUGUGUGUGUGUGGAGGGGGAACAGGCACGGGUAACUUCACCGCUCCAGUCUGGUUCAGUUUGUGCAUCUUCUUGUGCGUCAUCAGAGGGAAAUUUUCAAAAAUGUUUAAGAAAAAUAAGGACGCAGAACUCCGUGGGAUUGACUGUAACAUUUUGUCGUCCCACACGUGAUGUACUUUUGCUUUAAUUUGACCUUAUUUGAUAUAUUCUUUUUUUUUAGAUUUUAGUAAGGGCCACUUCAGGGAGCAGUGGGUCAGCAGUGUUGCUGUGGGGAAAGAGGAGUGAGUUCGAUUUAUUUUUCUUUUUAAUAAGAGUGAACGGGUGAGGCGAAAUAAUCGGACGAUGUCUAUGUAAGAGAAACUGGAAAAAAGAACAGUGGUGUAGGAAGAUGCAGGCUGCAUGUUUGUGCGACAGAAACAUAUCCGAGAGGCAAUACGUGAAGGUUCUUCAGGCAUCUGGGUCACGAUGGAUGUCUCGUAGUAGCAAAUAAAAUUGAGGGACAGGAUCCUAAAGACGUUUCGGUGUCAUCAUGCUCUCUCUUUGUAGCUAGCAGCUAAUUAGAAUAUUACUGAUGUCACACUUGACCAAUCACAGGAGGUUCUUGUCCGCUGGGAUGUUUAGAAAUUCACUUGGUCUGCGUCAAAAAUAAUCUAAAUAAUAAACAAUCCAAACCAUAAUGAUGUCAUUAUGAACAUGGAAGAAAUCCUCUGUGUACAUCAGAUACCGCUUAAGCUCCUCAGAUCAUCUGGUCUGCUGGAAUCGCUACUAUGAGACAGAACCAUGAGCCUGGUUUCUGAAACUAUUUCUGUUUCAUUUCUAUUUAAUUCAGAAGCGUAGCUUUGCGUCUCCUCUGUUCGUCUGGCCUUUUCGGAGGGACCUGGCGGGACGAACAUGGGCAACGCGGCCUACAAAGCCAGAUUUUAUUUAUUUAUUUAUUUAUUUACUUACUUACUUACACUAUCCACAUACUCGUCUUCAUCUUUAAUGUUUUGGAUAUUAAACAAGGCGAAGUACAACCUUACCGCAAAACCGUCCGGUAAUCAGACAUCUACGGAAACAGUGUAGAGUAAAUCUGUCAAUGUCUAAUUAUAUCGAUGAACAUCUUGGGAUUAUAUAUAAAUAUAUAAAUAUAUAAAUAUACAUAUAUAUACUGGGGAAAAUAAUGACAUUAUGAUGACCUGUGUUUAUUGUUCCGAGUUAGAAAUUACAAUGUGUGUGUUUGAAAACAAUGGCAAUGUUCAACAUAAAUUAAAUAUAUGGUUAAAAAAAAGA